ACGUUCAACACUGCUGCACCUUGCAGAGAUGUUCGGGACCUGACCAGUGGAGUUGCCAUGGCGCAGGUACUUCACCAAAUAGAUGUUGCUUGGUUUGAUGCAUCUUGGCUAAAUCGCAUUAAAGAUGAUGUUGGUGACAACUGGAGAAUAAAGUUCAGUAAUCUGAAGAAGAUACUGCAAGGAAUUAUGGACUACUAUCAUGAGUUCUUGGGUCAGCAGAUUUCAGAAGAGCUUAUUCCAGACUUAAACCGGAUAUCUGAGAAUUCAGAUCCCACUGAACUGGGCAGGCUACUGCAGCUUAUUUUAGGUUGUGCAGUCAACUGUGAAAGGAAACAAGAAUACAUACAAAAUAUCAUGACCCUUGAAGAGUCUGUUCAACAUGUUGUCAUGACUGCCAUUCAAGAGCUCAUGAGCAAGGAAGUAACGGGUCCUUCCACAAGUGAUGCAUCAAGUGAGAUGGAACAGCAGCUUAAAAAAGCUUUGGAAGAUCUUCAGGAAGCACUAGCAGAAAAAGAAGAGUUGGCACAAAGAUGUCAAGAGCUAGAUCUACAGGUGGCUGCCCUCCAGGAUGAAAAAACCAGCUUGAUGUCAGAAAAUGAGGUUAUGAAUGUCAGGCUAGAGCAAUUAGAUUACUCUCUUGAUGAUGCAAAUACUGUGGUUGCAAAAAAGUAUUUUCAUGCACAGCUGCAGCUGGAACAACUGCAAGAAGAAAACUUCAGGCUUGAAGCUGCAAAAGAUGGUUAUCGUGUGCAUUGUGAAGACCUAGAAAAGCGACUGAUUGAGCUGCAACACAGAAACAAUGAACUAACCUCUUUGGCAGAAGAAUCUAGAGCCUUGAAAGAUGAAAAUGAUAUUCUUAGGACUACUGCAGACAAGGCAAGUAAGCUGGAAUCAACUGUUGAGGUGUAUCGUAAAAAGCUACAGGAUCUGAAUGACUUCCGCAGACAAGUCAAAUCUCUGCAUGAAACCAACAUGAUGUAUAUGCACAAUACAGUCAGUCUGGAGGAGGAACGGAAGAAAGCCAAUGUAGCACGUGCCCAGCUAGAAACCUACAAAAGACAGGUCCAGGAGCUUCAUAACAAGCUGUCUGAAGAAUCAAAAAGAGCUGAUAAGCUAGCAUUUGAAAUGAAACGACUUGAAGAAAAACAUGAAGCUUUAGUCAAAGAAAAAGAGAGACUGGUGUUACAGUGUGAUGCAUUGAAGGAGACAAAUGAAGAGCUCCGAUAUUCACAGAUGCAGCAGGAUCACCUGAGUCAAGCAGGUGUAUCUCGUGAUAAAAGCCACGAGAAUCUUGCUGCUGAAAUUCUACCAGUGGAAUACAGAGAAAUGUUUAUUCGGCUGCAGCAUGAAAAUAAGAUGCUUCUAUUACAGCAGGAAGAAUCAGAAAACCAACGUAUUACUGAGCUCCAGGAGCAGCUGGAGCAAAAGCAUCGGACGGUGAACGAACUAGAAACUGAGAAGAGGCUAGAUGAAGAGCGUAUUGGGGAGUUACAACAGCAGGUUGAAGAUCUGCAAAAGACUUUACAGGAGCAGGGAUCCAAGAAUGAAGGAUCUAGCAACCUGAAGCAGAAGUUGGCAGCACAUAUGUAACGUUUAAAGUAAUUGUUUAAACGUUUCCACCAUCACGUUUCUGAGUUACAGAAGAAAGAGGCUGAUCUUUCAGAACUCCAGCCUGACGUUAGUCAGAACCCUCAGAAGAUUGGAGAGCUGGAAGCAGCUUUGCGAAAAAAAGAUGAGGAUAUGAAAGCAAUGGAAGAAAGAUACAAAAUGUACCUUGAGAAAGCAAGAAACGUGAUAAAAACCUUAGACCCCAAGCUAAAUCCAGCAUCAGCAGAAAUUAUGUCGCUCAGAAAACAGAUAAUGGAGAAAGACAAGAAAAUUGAAGCACUAGAGGCUGAAUACAAACUUGCAAAGUUAUGUGAUUACGAGGAAAAGCUAAUUGUAACUGCGUGGUAUAACAAGAGCCUAACUCUUCAGAAGCUAGGUAUGGAAGCAAGACUGGUUGGCAGUAGUGGUGCCUGCAAAGAUGGUCCCGGAUGCUCGUUCCUAGCUCAACAACGUCAUGUCACCAAUACCAGAAGGAAUCUCACUGUUAAAGUACCGGGUGCAACAUCUGAUUAA